AUGAGUCAACCGCAAAUUGUGAUAGAUCCCGAUGAAGAGCUCCGUAUAGUCUGUAGACUUCUAUUUUAUAAUAUACCUGGUUUUCAUCCCAAUGCAAAAAAACUACAUAAAGCGUGUCAGGAAGAAGGAUAUUCUUUUCAAUUACAGGAUAUCACAAAAUGGGUAAAAUACCAAUAUAGUUACCAAAUUUAUCAACAGCCAUUGCCAUGCAAAGCCGAGGCAAGCUUUUCGAAGAUUAAGAUUCCAAACAAAGUUCAUCAGUGUGAUAUUCUGCUCCAUACUCACAAUGAUCAGGAUGGUAGAAGGGUUUUCGUUUGUAGUUUGCUAGUCAUAGAUGUGGCAAUGCGUUAUAAGGAAGGACGUUCUCUAACAUCAAGAAAUAGCUUAGAAAUCUGGAUUGCAAUCAAAGAAAUAUAUGAGGAUCCUUCUAAUCCUCUCACAUGGCCGACAUUAUUAAUGACCGAUGGUGAUGCUUCUUUUGAGAGCUUGGCUUUGAUUAAAGCGUUCAAGAAAAAUUUAGCGAAAUUAAUAUAUAAUGUCCAAUAUGCCAUAGAAGGGCGAUUAGCUAAAGGGGAGCGAUCAAGAUUAUGGAAUAAAAUCCUUAAGAAGUACAUUGAUUUUAUGAAUAAUAGUAAGACUCGCCUUAUCGGAAUGUCACCAGCUCGUGCUAUGACUUUGGAAGAAGUCGAAUCAAAACCUUCUAGUAAAGCUAAGCGGGCAAUUGGGAGACAUGAAGAGAUAAAGUUAAAAAAGGGUAUAGCGAUCAAAAGAGUUGUUAUUGGAAGGAAUCCACCACAACCAGUCUUAUACUAUCUUGAGAAUGAACCUAUCGAAUCUACUGCCCAUUUGAUGGGACGAAACCCCAAAAGACCUUUCAAAUUCGAGGAGCUCCAAGUAAUCGAGGAACCCGAUAAAAUCGAAUAUCCGCCUGAUGAAUUUAUGCGGAAAUACCAUGAUUCUAGAUUUAUUCACUUCACUCGAAUUGCAGAUAAUAAGCUAACACAAGCUGAAGGUUAUGCAAAGAGACGUGGCAGACUAUGCCUUGGAAAGACCGGGCAAAUAAAUGGGCAUGAUAUAUAUCUUUGGUCUUAUAAAAAUGGUGCGCAUCAAUGGGAGUAUCCAUUAAAGUAUAUCAUGAAAAAAUUCGAAUGGUGCCCUCUUUGCCACCACACUACUGAAAGAACUGUACGAUAUAUUUUUGAGGAUCUACUAGGCAAGAAAUUUCCAUCAUGUAAGCCGAAUUUUUUGCAUGGAAUGCAACUUGAUGGAUAUAACGAAGAAUUGCGACUAGGAUUCGAAUUUCAUGGCAAACAACACUAUAGCCUUAAUUCAAUGUUUCAUAGGAGAGGCCAGAUAGAUUUGGAUGAACAGAGGUAUACGCUAAUCGAAAAGGGAUAUUUGGAUGAUGCAAUUAGAUCAAAUCAUGAAAUACGUAAUAUUUGCAGUGGACUAAGUCAAGCCCUCGAAAAAAUAUCAGGGAAAAAAAAGAGUUCUAAAAUAGGUGAGCGCAAUGUUAAAUGUGACGAUGUGAUAUUAUGUGGCCACCACCUUGAUGAGCCUAAAUACGGUAUCGUUCAAAAUUUUUAUAAAUAUCUCGCGCAAGAUAAAUCCAAGCCAUACUAUGAAGAAAUCACAUUCUCUACACUCACUCCUGAUGAAAUUCCAGAUCCAAAAAAGUUCAAUGCUAAAAGAAGUACACUAAUGAUAUUUGAGGAUGUCUGUUCGGACCCUCCAGCUAUACAGAAAAAAAUUAUUCCAUAUUUUAGUAAAGGUCGCCAUGAGAAUAUUUCUUCUAUUUAUGUCUCACAAAAAUUUCACAGGAUUCCUACGGAUAUUCGUGAAAAUGCAACGCAUAUUGUACUCUUCAGUGGUGGAGGUUCAACCCGAAAAUUUGCUGACAUUAUAAGUCCUUAUACAGAUGCUGAUCCGCACAAAGAUUCAAAGGUCAUCAAUGGUUAUUUGAGACAAAAGGAAUUUGUGGUCAUUGAUAUAAAUAAACCGAGAUCUGAAUCCUUUUCACUUCGAUGGGACACUCCGCUCAAUUUGGAAAAGGAAAUCGAAUCGUUGGGCAAAACUUCCAACUAG